AUUAAACUGAGAGGACAUAACAACUCAAGCAGCUUUUCCUCAUCAUUGAAAACUGGUGAAAUACAGAAACAUGGGUGACUCAACAAAUGUGACUUCAUCUCCCAACCUCCCACCCUGUGAUGUUGUCAGAACAUCAGUCCAUGCUUUCUUUGUGGUGGUCUACAGUCUAGUGUUUCUGGUGGGUUUACUCCUCAAUGGCUUCAUCAUGAAGUUUUACUGUUGUCGAGCUCAGCAGCAGGCAUCGAGCAGCUUGAUGGUCUACAUGAAGAACCUGACAGCUGCUGACUUCCUGCUUUGCCUCUCUGUGCCGCUGCGCAUCUCCCACUAUGCCAGCAGCUCUCCUAUUGGUCAGAAGCUCUACUGCAGCUUUGGAGCUUCCACCUUGUACCUCAACAUGUACGCCAGCAUCAUCUUUAUGGGGUACAUUGCUGCUAACAGGUAUCUGAAAAUCGUCCAUCCUUCAGGAACUCACGUCCUGCAGACAGUGCGAACUGCCCACAUCGUCUCCAUGGUCACCUGGGUUUUUCUCCUGGCUGCAUCAAUUACAUACACCAUCCUGUUUUUCAUCACCGAGAAACCACUGACCUCAAACUCCAUCAGGUGUGAUUAUAUGUUAGGCACAUCGGUCACCCUGUUCUACAAAAUUAUCCAUGUCAGCUGCGCCAUCAUCUUCCUCGUGGUCUUCAUAUGCCUGGUCUUCUUCUACUACAGCACCUCCUGCAGGGUGUUGCAGGUACAGCAGAGUCAGCUGGCCUCCUCUGGCUCUGAGAAGCUGGUGAAGUCUCGCAGGAACAUGUUGGUGCUGGUCAGCAUCUUCUGUCUUUGUUUUGUCCCCUAUCACCUGGUUCGACUUCCCUACACUAUUCUGUGGACCAGCUGCCCUGCGGGUUGGAUAUUGUACUACCUGAAGGAAUUGGCCACCAUGGUGUCAGUUUUCAACAUCUGUCUGGACCCUCUUGUUUACUUUUACCUCUGUAAGACUUUUCGGGCUCAGGUGAACCUGAGAAAGGUCUUGAGGGGGAAGAACAUCCAACAAGCAAACCAGGAGAGUGAGAGCAGGAAGGAGCAGGCUGACAUUGUUACAGCAACAAGUUAAACCAAUGAGCUUUAAGGAAAAGUUCAACAUGUUAUUAAAUGCUAAGAUGUACAUUUGUUUUGAGAGUCAGAUGAGUUCAGUGAAACCUAUGUCAUGGAUCCCAAGUCUUCAUGAACUCAGCACAAACACACUCCCAUGCAGACGACAUGAGUGUUCAUGUUUCCACUGUCAGACUUUAUCGUCUCAGUCUUUGAGGUGUUCUCAUUUUCUGCUGAUGUCACACAAAACCAAAUAUCAUUUUUCUCAUUCAAAUCAUCAUCUCAGUCUGCCCAAAGGUUGUGGUUUCUCCCCUGAAUCUUAUCAGCAGUUUCAAUCAGCAGCUUUUAAUUUGUUUAAAAAGCUUAGCGGAAGUAGUCAAACACAUGUCAGACACUGAAGGAGCACUCCAAACUCUCUACUCUAUACUUCAGUUGUUUCAGUGAUACAGUUUCACAGGACUUAGUAAAAGUCGAUAAAUGGUCCCCCUGUAGUUGUA